AUGCUUACGAUUGAAGAAAUUCGCGCUCUCAGCGAUGUCAACCCAGAGUUUGAACCAAUUCUCAACUCGGGGUCGCCCAUUUUAACUGCUUGGGAUCUAAACACCGACGUCUCUCAAGUCCGGACAAUCAUCCAGGCCAUGAAAGAUGCAGCUCCCAAAAUCGACCCGGCAACGCUUCCAUAUCUCCAAGAGGACAUUCAAAUCCCAGUGCGGGACAAUCGCAGCAUCGAGGUCCGCGUCUACAAGCCACGAGGAGAGUCGACAGAGGGACGGCCCGGGCUCGUUGUCUUCCACGGUGGGGGAUACGCCGUUGGAGAUCUGGAUACAGAAACUUGGCUCUGUGCGCUGUUUGUGAAGCUUGGAGGUGUUGCGGUGAAUGUCAACUAUAGACAUGCCCCUGAGCACGUCUUUCCUUCAGCUGUGGAAGAUGCUUAUGAUGCUACUAAAUGGACGGCGCAAAAUUCGGGGUCUUUGGGCAUCGACCCUGAAAAGGGAUUCUUGGUAGGAGGUGAAAGCUCCGGAGGCGAGAUGGCCGUGAUUGUAGCUCAUCUCUGCCUAAACGACAAGCUGAAUCCUCCUCUGACUGGCAUCUAUGCGGCAAUGCCCGGCGGCGUGAAUAAGGAAACUGUGCCAGAAAAGUACAAGGAUCGAUUUAUUAGCUUUGAGCAAAAUGCUAAUGCGCCAGUGCUGUCCGCCGAGUCGCUGGCUUUUAUCUGGAAGAACCACCACGUUGAUCCACGCAGCCCGCUUGGAUUCCCACUGGCGUUCCCUACCCACAAGGGCCUUCCUAAGACGUAUUUCCAAGUCUGCGGGCUGGACCCUGUGCGAGACUGCGCGUUGGUUAUGGAGCAGGUAUUCAAGGAUGAGGGAGUUGCCACCAGGACAGACAUUUAUCCCGGCUUGCCUCAUGGGUUUUGGGGAUUUUUUCCAGAGCUGAAGACUAGUGCAAAGCAAAAGCAAGAUGCCGAAGAGGGACUCAAGUGGCUGUUGAGUAAAUAA